AUUUUUAUAUUUCAUGACCUUCGAGUUGUUUCUGCACGCGGUCGAAUAGCUUUUGUUUCUUGUUUAAUAAGUUUUUUAAUAAAAAGUUUGCAAAAGUGUCUCGCGAAAGCGCUCCUCGGAAUUAUACAAAUCCUGCUUUGCAGAAAAUUUACAAUAAACUUGAUCGUCAAAGUAAAGGAAUUAAAUCAAACAUGACUCAAUUAACUGCAAACACCCACACCCAAGCUUAUAAAGAUAAAACUAAACCCACAGAUAUUCGUAGCAGUAAUAUUAAUGCUGCAAAAGCUGUUAGUGAUGCUAUUCGUACCAGUUUGGGUCCUCGCGGAAUGGACAAAAUGAUUCAAUCAUCAAAUGGCGAAGUUACUAUAACAAAUGACGGAGCAACUAUUUUGAAAGAAAUGAAUGUUGUUCAUCCUGCAGCAAAAAUGCUGGUUGAAUUGUCAAAAGCUCAAGAUACUGAAGCUGGUGAUGGAACAACUAGCGUUGUUAUUGUAGCUGGUGCACUUUUAGAAGCUGCAGAUCAUUUACUGCGCAAAGGAAUACAUCCAACUUCGAUCAGUGAGGCAUUUCAAAUUGCAGCCACAAAGGCUGUUGAAAUUUUAAUGGAUUUACGUGUAGCUGUCAAUUUAUCUGACAAAGCAUCUCUUGUCGAAACAGCAGCUACCUCUUUAAAUUCUAAAGUUGUUUCUCAACACUCAAGUAUUCUCGCUCCUUUGGCAGUGGAUGCUGUUCUUAAAGUUACCGAACCCGGAAAAGAGAGUUCGGUUGAUUUGAAAGACAUCAAAGUGAUUAAGAAACUUGGUGGAACCAUUGAAGACACAGAAUUGAUCGAUGGUCUCGUGUUCACGCAAAAAAGUUCAAAUGUCAAUGGACCAAGACGCAUUGAAAAAGCUAAAAUUGGUCUAAUUCAAUUUUGUCUAUCGCCUCCGAAAACUGACAUGGAUCACAAUGUCGUUGUUUCCGAUUACUCAGCGAUGGAUCGUGUCUUAAAAGAAGAAAGAGCCUAUAUUCUUAAUAUUGUAAAACAAAUCAAAAAGGCCGGCUGUAACGUUCUCUUAAUUCAAAAAUCAAUUCUUCGUGAUGCCUUAAGUGAUCUUGCCAUUCACUUUUUGGAUAAGAUUAAAGUUAUGGUAAUCAAGGAUAUCGAACGAGAGGAUAUUUCUUAUGUUUGCAAAACUCUUGGUUGUCGACCAAUUGCAUCAUUGGAUCAUUUUACUGCUGAAAAUCUUUCCAGCGCUGAAUUGUGCGAAGAAGUUGCAACUGGAAAUUCAAAAUUCGUCAAGAUCACUGGAAUUCAGAAUCCAGGUCGCACAAUUACAAUCGUGGUUCGUGGAAGUAACAAAUUAGUUUUAGACGAAGCCGACAGAUCAUUGCAUGAUGCUCUGUGUGUAAUUCGUUGUUUAGUUAAACAAAAGUCAUUGAUCGCCGGAGGUGGUGCACCAGAAAUUGAAUUAGCACUAAAACUCGCAGCUUAUGCACAAACUCUUGGUGGUGUCGACGGUUAUUGCGUUCGUGCUUAUGCAAACGCUCUUGAGGUCAUUCCGUGUACAUUGGCUGAGAACGCUGGUUUAAAUCCAAUUGCAACAGUCACAGAGCUGCGAAAUCGUCACUCCCAAGGUGAAAUUUUAACAGGAAUAAAUGUACGAAAAGGAGCCAUUACAAACAUGUUCGAAGAGAAAGUCUUUCAACCGCUUUUAGUGUCCACAAGUUUAAUAACACUUGCUUCCGAAACCGUUCGCAGUAUAUUAAAAAUUGACGAUAUCAUUAAUACCAUGCAAUAAUAAUUAUUUUUUUUUAUCACCAUCAGCUUUGCGAAUAUAUUUUUCAUCUCGUUCACAUUGACACGAGUUUUUGUUUCUUUAACUUUUUAUAACACAAUAAAAUUAUUUAAAAAAUAAAAACAAUCUUUUUCCUUACAAAA